AUUAACACCUUCUGCGCAAAGCUAUAAUUUUAUUUCUUCUUUAAUUUCUUGAUCGUUUAGAAUCGCAUUUCUUGUCAAACAAUUAAGUACAGAAAUAAAUACCUACGAAUUUGUACGAUCUGAGGACUUGUUAUUGGAUACAAAAGUAUGUCGUGGUUUUCGGGAAAUAGGAGGCCAAGGAGAGAUGAGGAAAUGAUGUUUGACGACUCAUUUUCCCGCCGUGUUUUCAUCAGUAAGGUUCUUAUGAUAGUGGCCAUCAAUUUGGUUUUCACCGUAUUGGUAAUGACAUUUUUUAUUUUUCAUAUGGGUGCCAGGAGGUUCCUAUUAAGACACUGGUAUAUAGGGCUUAUAGCCAUAGCUGUCAAUAUGACAAUGUCCAUUAUGAUGUGUUUUUGCAUCAACCUUUUUCGGAAGUCCCCCUCUAAAUACAUAUUGUUGGUAAUAUAUGUGAUUGCACAUGCGGCAUUGGUGGCCUGUUUUGCGGUUCGAUAUCAUCCGAAAUUGGUUUUUAUAGCUGUGGCUGUUUGUUCCGCCAUCGUGAUAUUACUAGGGCUUUUUGCCAGAUAUGCCCCAUGCGACUUCACCGGAUGCUGUGUCUUUGUUUUUGUGCUCUGCCUAGUAGUAAUAAUAAUGGGCAUAUUUUCCUUAUUUUUCCCUAUCUUACGCAUAGUAUAUGUAUCUCUGGGCGUACUCCUAUUUUCCAUAUUUAUUGUGAUUGAUCUUCAAAUGCUUAUUGGCGGCAAGACACACAAAAAUGAGUUUGACCAGUCGGAUUUUAUAUUAGCUGCCAUGUUCCUUUACAGUGACAUUAUAUUCCUCUUUUUAUAUCUGCUGGAGCUUAUUGGCUUAGUAGAUUCAUAAAAUAUAUUAAUACAGACUCAUCCAUCUAUAUUAAUAUUGUAAUUUAAUAAUAGUACUGAGUGUAAAGGUUUAUACAAAAUAUUAA